CGCCCUGCGAGAGGGAGAGACACGUUUUCCUAGCGGCCACCGGCGCCCCAGCAGGGAAAGAGACUGCGCUUGCGCGUGUCUGUUUGCCCGGACCCAUCAUGGCGGCCGCCACCUUCAGCUCUGACGUGUCCCUCUCUUGACUGCCGGGAGGAGCCUGCCGUCGAGGCCGUUCUCGUGCCCACACUCGGCAUGGCGGCCAAGGGGCCCCGGCAGCGGCCUCGAGGGGGAGGUGGGGAUGCGGCAGCGGCGGCUGCCGUUUCCCGCCAGCGAGAAGAAGCGCCCCCGCCGGCCACUGAGGAGACCAAAGCCGAGUCGUCUGGGAGCAAAGCAGGACAUGUCUGGGCCCCUGAAGGAUCUACAGCUUUCAAGUGUCUAAUCUCAGCCAGGUUCUGUGCUGCACUGUUGAGUAACAUCGCUGACUGCGAUGAGACAUUUAACUACUGGGAACCUAUGCACUACCUCGUUUAUGGUAAAGGCUUCCAGACAUGGGAAUACUCUCCUGUCUAUGCCAUCCGCUCCUACGCAUACCUGUGGCUCCAUGCCUUACCAGCUUUGUUCCACGCCAGAGUUCUGCAAACAAACAAGGUUCUCAUCUUCUACUUCUUGCGCUGUCUUCUGGCCUUCCUGAGUUGUGUUUGCGAGCUUUACUUUUAUAAGGCCGUGUGCAAGAAAUUUGGGUUGCAUGUGAGUCGUCUCAUGCUGGCUUUCUUGGUACUCAGCACUGGGAUGUUCUGCUCAGCGGCUGCCUUUCUCCCCAGCAGCUUCUGCAUGUACAGCACAGUAAUAGCAAUGACGGGGUGGUACAUGGAUAAAAUCUCUCUGGCGGUCCUGGGCGUGGCUGCAGGAGCCAUUGUGGGCUGGCCUUUCAGUGCAGCACUUGGGCUUCCUAUUGCCCUGGACUUCCUCAUCCUGAAAAGAAGGUGGAGAAGCUUUCUGAGGUGGUUUCUGGUCGCACUAGUGGUGUUUCUGGUGCCCCUGGUGGCUGUUGACAGUUAUCACUAUGGGAAGCUUGUGAUUACUCCUCUCAACAUUGUCUUGUACAACGUCUUCACGCCACACGGACCGGAUCUUUACGGUACAGAGCCCUGGUCUUUCUACUUCAUAAAUGGCUUUCUGAACUUCAACGUGGCCUUUGUGCUGGCACUCCUGGCCUUACCCCUGACCUCUCUCAUGGAAAGUCUGCUGCAGAAAUUUCAUGUUCAGAAUCUGGGACGGCCUUACUGGCUGACGCUUUCUCCCAUGUACAUCUGGAUCCUGAUUUUCUUCAGCCAGCCUCACAAAGAAGAGAGGUUUCUGUAUCCCAUCUACCCCCUCAUUUGCCUAUGUGGUGCUGUAGGACUCUCUGCCCUUCAGAAAUGUUACCACUUCAUAUUUCAACGUUACCGCCUGGAGCACUACACGGUCUCUUCAAACUGGCUGGCCCUGGGGACCAUCUUUGUCUUUGGGCUCCUCUCCUUGUCGCGCUCCGUAGCUUUGUUCAGAGGUUACCAUGGGCCCCUUGACCUGUACCCUGAAUUCCACAGAAUUGCCACUGAUCCCACAAUCCACACUGUGCCAGAGGGGAGGCCGGUUCACGUUUGUGUGGGGAAGGAAUGGCACCGUUUCCCCAGCAGCUUCCUCCUGCCAGAUAAUUGGCAGCUUCAGUUCAUUCCAUCAGAGUUCAGGGGCCAGUUGCCAAAACCAUUUGCCAAGGGACCAAUGGCCACUCGCAUCAUUCCAACAGACAUGAACGACCAAAACCAGGAAGAGCCCUCCAGAUACUUUGACAUUUCCAAAUGCCAUUACCUGGUGGAUUUAGACACUGCAACCGAAGCACCCAGGGAGCCACGGUAUGCAGCCAACAGGGAAGAAUGGAUCAGUAUCGCUUACAAGCCUUUCCUGGAUAGUUCAAGGUCCUCAAAGUUCUUUCGGGCGUUCUACAUCCCCUUCCUGUCCCACCAGCACACGACAUACAUGAACUAUACCAUCCUGAAGCCUCGGCGCUUCAAGCAAGCCAGGAAGAAAGCUGGAGGCUAGCUCGAGCCUCUGGGGAUCCAACAAGAACCGGCCGAAGAUGCCAGCUUCUUCUUCAGGGGUCUCCAUCCCACCUGCCCACUCCCCUUUUUUGUAAGAGUGGCAGUGGCUGUGGUGGGUGGGUAGGGAAAUGCUUGGGAAGGUUUCCCUUUUUUGGCUGGCUGUGCUGCAAUAUUACUGACCACCUGAUCUGCCAUUGUUUGGGGGCUCUGCUUCGCUUUCAGAAACUCCUGGAAAGUAUGAGCAAGGCGUCAUCUUGCUGAGGAGUCAACAGGAGCAAAAAUCUUGGUUUGUGCGAACGUUUACUAAGUUUCUGGCUGAAAGGUAGCCUGGGGCUGCUGUGGGUCUUUCAGUAUUUCCCCUCCACCACAGAACAUCUCGCCAACCCCGGAGGGAAGUUUUUUUUUGGGGGGGGUGUAUGUGUGUGUUUUAAGAGGCCUUUUGGAGAGAGAAAACAGCCUCACCAGCAGGAAUGCACAACGCUUCCUGGUGGGUCUUCAGGGGAAAAGGCCCUCCUUGACUCAGAUGGAGCAGAAAUAACUUGCACUUUCAAGAACUGUGACUCUGUUAAUUACAUAAUUUAGUGAAACAUUGACUUGUGCGUGAGUGGGUUUUUAUUUUAAAAACCUCCAUUGUCUGUCUUGUCAGCUGCUGCCAAAACACGAGUUUGUGUAGGGUGUUUUUUUGUUUUAAGUUUCCUUCCACCCCCCGUCUACAUUCUAGCUUCUUUGUGAAAUGUCUGGCUUUGUAAUGUUUCCAAAUUUACUAAAGUGUUGAAGGGAGCUCUCCUCCUCACUGCACACCUGUCGCUGUGAAAUACAGUGGCUUCUCAUUCAGUCUGCACUGUAUGUACUAUGAAACUGUGUCAUUAGUGAUUAAAUAUUAGGCUUGUAUCCCCCCAAA